AUGAGUCUACUCCCGACACGUCGUGCUUGUAUGAGAGAGAUGGCGCAGAAGCGGAUUGCGUCUAAUUGGGAGGUACCCAAGUCCUAUAAGCGUAUAAGAAUCGUCGGACGUGAGGAUAUCGAGUUGACUUAUCCUCUCAUCACUGCCUAUCUUGAGAACCCUCACCUCGCCUUGUCCGUCGAACAUUUCGUGCUAGACGAGAGCUCAUGGCCCAGUAGCAGAAUGGGGUACGCAGGGCCGGACCUACCGAAUUCUGCUAGACCAAUCCACGAAGAUGCACACAAAGCUAUCGAAAACUAUGUGAGAACUCUCGGCUUGGAAGAGGCUACUACUCAGAGAAUGCUUCUUGCUCUGUACUGGAAGAAACAAUUUCUCGAAGAGGGAAAGCAGGAGGCAGAUACUCACUUCCAUGCUCGCAAUACUGAAUAUGGCUAUGCUGCUACUAUUGUGUUGCUGUCGCUGUGCAAGAACAUCACCACAUUACAUCUUGGCGCUACCAACCCGUAUCAGCCCCUUGGAGAAUACAUCAUGAAGUCCAACUACGGCUUGAUCUCAAAUCCUGCUCUCCAGGAGCUCAAAUCUGUAGAGUAUCUUCCUAAUGAGUAUUUCUCAACCAAUUAUAAAACUACAUACAUCCGGUUUGCAUUUCUAGACUGGUUCCGAUAUUUUCACCGCUUGCCUGAAAUUGAGUCAGCAACCAUAGAGGGCGUGAUGCAAUAUGAAACCUAUCGCAAUCUAUUCGCGCCUAAUAUUUCCAAUGUCAAAAGACUACGUCUGGGUCACUCUCACAUCUACAGCUCGAUGUUAGGUACGAUCAUUCGGAUGCACAAGGGGCUUGAAGAGCUCUCGAUCUCUCUGGGCGGAAUGAUAGUGUUACACGGCAUAGCACACAGGGUGUAUCCCAAGACGAUUGGAAAGUCUCUGCUGACGCAGAAGGACACAUUACGCAUCCUCGAUCUAGAUAUGGACAUUGCUCACAGUGCGCAUGUCAGCCACGAUGGCACCAUCACUGAGAUUGAGGACGACAAGGAAAAAGAAGAAUUCGAAGCUUUUGGCGGCGAGGAGGAGGCUCUCGCUAAAGAAUACGAUAAGUGGUUCGGCAUGGACAAAACAGUCAGUGGCGGCGGCCCUCUAUGGGUGGAGGAGCUGCCGGAUACACGACCGUAUCAGUUGACUAUCGGCUCACUUCACGACUUUACUGCCUUGAAACGCCUUAGUAUUGGUAUCCGCUUUCUUAUGGGACCGAACGUACGUCACUAUGUCGGACCAAGCGCCUGGACGGAGCCAUCAGGUCCACCGUUCCGGCUAGCUACAAUGCCACCUUUCAGGCUUGUUGAUGCCCUACCCCCAAAUCUCGAGUACCUCUGUCUGCGAGGCUACUUUAGGGGUGAGAACCCGGAUGUUGAUGAUCAUAUCAACGAGUUGCUAGAGAAGAAAACUGAUCGAUUCCCUCAUCUAAAGGAGGUCGAGGGUAUUGACAUCCCAGUUCCUGGACUAGGUCUCGAAUAUGGCAAGAACAGGUCAAACAGAGCUGGACCAAAGGAUGGAAAGUCUGACACUGACAUGGAUGAGCGCUACAUUCGUCAUCUGGAAUUGGACUUGGACUGGAUAGAAAUAUAA